CCAACACGCCAUCAAUCAAUGCUGGUGGUUAAGAGUCGCCCGACCGAGCAUAAGUGCGACAAGUUGAGCUUCAGAAUCACAUCGGCAAGUCAUGAUGGUUGCUGCAGAUACUUUUCUGAUUUGGGACACCCCUGAGCAGAAUCCGAAACAGAAGGCGAGACGAUGCACCUGGCAGUCGGGCUUCCUGUUGGGAAUUAUUGUCAUGGUCUUUCUGUUCACCAUGUACAUCUUAUUCUAUAGUCACAAACCUAAGGUGGCUAAAACUAUGCGGCCAACAUGGACCUUCAAUGAGAAGUAUGAGCCGAACGCAAACGAAAGCAAGAAUCUGACCUACGCUGAGCAACUGGCACUGGAACUUGUCAACCAGCUGGCCCUUGCUGGAAAGGUGGAUGCUAAAAAUCUCACCGUGACCAGAAACCUUUCAACUGAGGGUGACAUCAAAUGCUGGCGCAAAAUCGCUAUGAACAAUUCCGUGGGCGCAAUGGUGGGGGAGCUGGUCGGAGGUCUCAGUGUGGGCCGCACCGUCGUCAUCAGGGGACGAAUCAUGCCGAAGCCAAUAAGUUUCAAAGUCGACCUGAUGCUGGGCAAUGACACUUUGGAUGACAUAGCCCUGUCCAUGACAGCUUGCUUCUACAACGAAUCCGGCAGUAAUGUGUUUUCGCGCAACUCCUAUCUUAAUGGCAAAAUGGGCAAAAUGGAGGACGAGCUGGUUAGAUGGUAUCCUGCCAAGGGCCCUGAAGACAAGCCGCGUAGGGAGGAGAUUGCCUUCCCCUUCGAUGGACCCAAUUUCUACUUUGAGAUGGUCAUCCACUGUGGCGCUGAGUCCUUCUCCGUAUGUGUCAACCACAAUGAUGUCGUGGAAUUCAAAUACCGAGUUGGCGUGGAGAAAAUCACCCACGUGAGAGUUUCAGGAGCCGUGAACCUGUUUGACGUCGAGCUGAUGUGACUUCAUCGUGGCAACAUUUGAAGCUCCGCGCUUAUAUUUCUAUCGCUGAUCAUUAUCAUUCUAUUAAGAUAAGUAUGUAAAACGGCAGUUCUAUUUUAACACUGCACUAAUUAUGUAAAACGGCAGUUCUAUAUUAACACUGCAAGUAGAACAACUGAGAACCAUGAUGCAGUAGUUGAGGUUUAAAGUUGAUCUGAACUUUAUUAUUUAGUAAGUAAGCUAUCUUUCCUUUACUCUUGUUAAUCAUUUUAUUCCAAUAAAGACCAUUACAAUAGCA